ACUUUGAAGACCAGAAGGAACCGCGCCAGGUUAGGAAAGCCUGUUGAGAAGAUACCAAACGUUCUUCGGCCACCCACCACUCUAUAACUUGAGCCGUCGGUCUCUCUUUGUUUCAGCACUGCUCUCUCCCUCUCCCCCUAUAUACCUCAUCUUUCUGUGUUUGCCUGUGCUCAUCACUCGUUGCUGAAUCAGAAAAUCCAUGGAGAUUUUGCCCGUUAAGCUCAUGGUUCCCUUCUGUUUACUGCUCUGUCUGAUUUCAGCGUUUGCCCACGCUACCGACGUCAAAUACUGCGAUAAGACUGAUUAUGAUGUCAAAGUCAAAGGAGUUGAGAUAUCUCCUAACCCCAUUGCAAGAGGCCACCCUGCCACAUUCAGCAUUGCUGCUACCACUGAGAAGGCAAUAUCUGGAGGGAAACUGGUGAUCGAUGUUGCAUAUUUUGGGUGGCACAUACACAGUGAGACCCAUGAUCUUUGUGGAGAGACAACUUGCCCUGUUUCAGUUGGUGAUUUUGUGGUUGCUCAUACACAAGUUUUACCUGGAUUCACUCCUCCUGGUUCUUACUCUUUGAACAUGAAGAUGUACGAUGGAAACAAAAAUGAGCUGACUUGCAUCCAAUUCGGAUUUACUAUUGGAUUUGUUUCUUCCGUGGCUGAUAUCUGAGUGAACUUCAGUGUUGAUCCUGAAAUAUAUUGUCGGUAACAUGCAUAUAACCUAUUUGUAACAAUACUUGGAUCCUUGUAAAAUACUCUCAGACCAGCAGUUAGUGGUUCACAAACUAUUAUGACCGUACUCAAAGGAUGUAGUGCGUGUUUGAAUUAAAAAAUUUACAAUUAAAAUUGGAAAUCAAUUAAUGUUGGCAAA